UUAUCUUUCUCUGUUCGUGAAAGGUAAUACAUCAUGCUGCUGUUCUCUAGAUAUUCAACGAAAGACGGAAAAUAAUUGAAAAUAUCAUGCAAUCUUCAUUGCUUGCAGACCCACAAAUAUCCAACCACGUACCGUCAUCAUUUCUCUGUCUCUGUGUGUGUGUGUGUGUGUGUGUGGCAGCUUCUUCUAUCUCAAGCAGAGAUAGAGCUCUCCAGAAGUUGACGAUCGAACUGUUCGCUCAUCACUUAUGCAUAUAUUCAGACACCCUUCUCUUUCUGCCUAAGAGCCAUUAAUAUAUAUAUAUGUAUUCCUUUAUUAAGAUAUAAUGUUGACGUCUCCGCCAGUGCUCAGGGCUGAGACCGGGGUCCAAACCCUAGCGCCAUGCUGGAAGCUGUUCCUCUCCGGCAACGACGGCGCGUCCCCGGCCAUCUGGAUGAAGCCCACAAUAAUAUUAUGUGGAAGGAACAAGUGGUCUUCUCGGGGAGUCCGGACCCGAAGCGUGAAGGCGAUGGUAGCCAGUACUGCCACGGAGCAGCAGGGCGCCGCGACUGUGAAAGCGGAGGUGACCGUGAUAGUUACCGUCGGAGGGAUAUUGUCAAACCUUACGUUGAGCCGCGGGGUCGACGACGUAACUGAUCUGCUCGGCAAAUCAUUCCUCUUAGAGAUUAUCAGCGCAGAGCUUGAUCCCAGCACGGGAUUAGAGAAGGAAGCAGUAGAGGUAUACGCGCAUAGGAAGAGUCAAAACAAGGGGGAAGUGAAGUAUGAAUGCGAGUUUGAAAUUCCAGAAGAUUUCGGGGAGGUUGGAGGGGUACUGGUGGAGAAUGAGCACCACAAGGAGAUGUUCCUAAAGGACAUGACCUUCCAUGGAGAUGGAUGCCCCCAUGGCCCCGUCACUCUCACCUGCAAUUCAUGGCUUGCCUCCAAGUUUGACUGUCCUCGCAAGAGAGUUUUCUUCACUAACAAGUCAUACUUGCCUUCUCAGACUCCAAGCGCGUUAAAGAAGCUGAGAAAGGAAGAACUGGCAUAUAUUCGAGGCAAUGGGGAAGGAGAACGAAAGAAACACAACAGGAUUUACGAUUAUGAUGUGUACAAUGAUCUUGGCGAUCCUGAUAGCGAUCUGAAACUCAAACGACCCCCACUUGGUGGCAAAGACCAUCCCUACCCAAGACGAUGCAGGACGGGUCGACCGCGUUGCAAGACAGAUCCGUUGUCGGAGAAGAGGAGCGGAUCAUUUUACGUGCCGAGGGAUGAGGCAUUUUCAGAGGUAAAAGAGCUAACAUUCUCAGCCAAGACCGUAUACUCGUUGCUUCAUGCACUUUUGCCAUCCUUGAGCAUGGCAAUUGUUGACUCGAAGCUCGGCUUCGCACACUUCAGUGCGAUAGAUUCAUUGUUCAAUGAAGGGAUUCACUUGCCUCCUUCCAAACAUGGCAUUUUGAGAGAUAUCCUACCCAGGCUUGUUAGCUUUAUCAAUGAAGCCAAGGGUGGUUUGUUACGCUUUGAGACUCCCCAAUUCAUGGAGAGAGACCAGUUUGCUUGGAUUCGGGAUGAGGCAUUUGCUCGUCAGACUCUGUCAGGUCUAAAUCCGUGUAGCAUUCAAUUGGUUGCGGAAUGGCCUCUAAAGAGCAAACUUGACCCCAAAGUUUAUGGCCCUGUCGAAUCUGCUAUCACCACGGAGUUGGUCGAGAGAGAGAUCAAAGGCUACAUGACAGUUGAAGAGGCCAUAAAAGAGAAGAAGUUGUUUAUACUGGACUAUCAUGACUUGCUCUUACCCUACGUGAACAAGGUAAGAGAAGAGGAAGGGACAACACUAUAUGGAUCAAGGACAUUAUUUUUCCUCACACAUGAUGGCACAUUGAGGCCAUUAGCCAUUGAGUUAACUCGACCACCGAUAGAUAGUAAGCCUCAAUGGAAGCAAGUGUUCACGCCCACCUGGAAUGCCACUGGACACUGGCUUUGGAAGCUAGCCAAGGUUCAUGUCCUUGCUCAUGACUCUGGGUAUCACCAGCUAGUUAGUCACUGGCUAAGAACUCACUGCGCCACAGAACCUUACAUAAUAGCUAGUAACAGGCAACUCAGCGCCAUGCACCCAAUUUAUAGGUUAUUACACCCUCAUUUCCGAUACACGAUAGAGAUCAAUGCGUUAGCUCGUGAAGCCCUUAUUAAUGCCAACGGAAUUAUUGAAUCCGGAUUUGCACCUGCUAAAUACUCUAUGGAGCUCAGCUCUGCUGCCUAUGACCAGCAGUGGCGCUUCGAUCUCCAAGCUCUCCCAGCUGAUUUAAUUAGCAGGGGAAUGGCAGUGGAGGAUCCAAAUUCUCCACAUGGUCUGAAGCUAACAAUUGAGGACUAUCCGUUUGCAAAUGAUGGUCUGCUUCUAUGGGAUGCAAUCAAAGAAUGGGUAAGGCAAUAUGUACAACACUACUACCCAGAUGCAAGUGUUGUAGAGGGUGACGAAGAGCUUCAAGCAUGGUGGACUGAAAUUCGAACAGUAGGGCACGGGGACAAAAAGGACGAACCAUGGUGGCCAAUGCUCAACACCCCCCAGGAUCUAAUAGGAAUUCUCACCACUAUUAUAUGGGUAACCUCCGGUCAUCAUUCAGCUGUCAACUUCGGCCAAUAUGCAUAUGCGGGCUAUUUCCCAAAUCGGCCAGCUAUUGCGAGAAACAAAAUGCCAACUGAAGAUCCGACCGAUGAAAGUUGGAACACUUUCAUUAAGAAGCCUGAACUUACCCUCUUGGAAUGCCUACCUACUCAAAUUCAGGCUACGAGAAUUAUGGCCAUCUUGGAUGUGUUAUCGAAUCAUUCUCCGGAUGAGGAGUAUAUAGGAGGGCACCUAGAGGACGCAUGGGCAGAAAAUCCGGUGAUAAAGGCAGCAUUUGAGCAGUUUCAUGGGGAACUAAUAAAGAUUGAAGGAGCGAUUGAUGCUAGGAAUGCGGAUGCGAACUUAAAGAAUAGAUGCGGAGCUGGGAUUGUGCCGUAUGAGCUUCUGAAGCCAUAUUCAGAGCCUGGAGUUACGGGAAAGGGUGUUCCAAAUAGUAUCUCAAUCUGAGAAGUGAAAUGUAUUGUGUAGUUGAACCCUAAACCUCCAAUAAUAAAAGUUGGAAAUAUUGUUGCAGCCAA